AUGUGUUCAAUUCCAUUUCAGAUGAAUCCCAGAUGUUUUCUAUUACUUGCAAUUCUUAUUAUUAAUGUUUCAUCGAAUUUGCUCUUGCCUGAAUAUGAACAUUGUGAUGCGCCAUUGGGGAUGGAAUCAGGUACAAUUACUGAUAAUGAUUUGAGCUCAAGUUCAACACAUGAUGUGAGUAGUGUUGGUGCACAAAUGGCAAGGAUUCGAAGUGAAAUUGAAGGUGGAGCAUGGUGUCCCGACAAACCCAUUGGAAUCAAUUCAUACGAAUAUCUUGAAAUUGAAUUAUCGCAAUUAUUUUUUAUAAAUUCAAUUGAAACACAAGGUCGAUUUGGCAAUGGACAAGGUAGAGAAUUUGCAGAAUUUUAUCGAAUUCAAUAUCAACGAGAUAAUCAAUCAUCGGAUUGGCUUACUUAUCGAAAUCAAAUUACAAAUGACACAAUUCUCAAAGGAAACACAAAUACAUAUGUUGCAGAGAAACGUUCACUUUCUUCAGCAUUUCUCGCAAAACGUGUUCGAAUCAUUCCUUACAGUAAACGUUGGCGAACCGUUUGUAUGCGAGUUGAACUCUACGGAUGUCCUUACUAUGGUGGUGUGACUUCUUAUACAACUUCACCAAGUGUUGAUAAAGAUCACACAUACGAUGGUGGAAUUGGAAAAUUGACUGAUGGAAUUAUCGGUGGUGAUGAAAAUCAUUGGAUUAGUUGGAAUAGAUCGCCUGUUAUAAUUGAAUUCGAUUUUGAUAUGACACGACAUUUUAAGACAAUACAAAUCUAUACAAUGAAUCAAAAAUACGAAUCUGUUGAAAUGAAGUUUGAUGAUAAUCAUGUGGUGAAACAUCGCGUAUCAUCGAUGGAAUCUUCUUUGUCCACAGUAUUUUUUGAUAAAAUUCAAUUGAAUCAAUAUGGAAAUGAGUUUAUUGGAAAAAAAUUACAUAUGAAAUUUGAGUUCAGUCACACUCAAUUACUUUUUCUUACAGAAAUUACUUUCGACAACGAACCAGUAUCAUUCAUAAUCCAAAACGCGACAAAUUGUUCGACAAUAAUUCUUCACAGUUCAACUUAUGCAACAUCAACAUUGCUGAUUUUUAAAUUCGAAUGGUUAACAAUCGUUAUUAUCUCCAUUCUUUUCUUCGGCCUUUUUCUUCUUCUUCUACUUACUUUUCAUCGAAUUCGUCAAUAUCGUCUCCGACGACGUUCUCAUCAUCGUCUACGACAAGAUAGUAAUCUCUAUUACAAAUCCUCUCAAAUGACAACUACAACAAGUGGAUCAUGUACAUCAACGUCGAGUGAACACGAUGGAAGUACAUUACCUGUAGCUCAAAAGAUCACUCAAAUGUUUUUAUCUGGUAAAUACGAUGACAUGACCAGUGAACAACAAUCUAUGGGUUCGUAUAUUUAUCCCAUAACAUCAACAACAUCGUUACUACAAACUACACCAUCAUCAUCGGUAUUUCAAGGCGAACAAUAUGCUGUAAUUGAUGGAAAUUAUUCUUCAAAUACUUAUAAACAAUGGUCAAAUAAUAAUACAUUUCAUUAUGCAUCAUCUGAUAUUGAACAAAUUGAAAAAGUGUACUGUAAUCAACAUUUGAGCUUAUUUAAUUGUAUUAUUCCACGAGAAAUUCUUUCAUCGAAAAGUUCUCAUUCACCUCCGAUCGUAAUCGAUGAAUCGAAAUUGAUCGCCAUUCGAAAAGUAUCGGAAACUGGCAAUGGGGAAAUUUACUUCGGAAAUUAUUUUAUCAAUAACGAACCAAAAUGUGUGUUGAUUAAAAUAGUCAAAUCAAAUUCAAUUCAUUCAUCACGACAAACUUUUCUCAACGAAAUGGACAUUUUAUCACGGUUAAAUCAUCCAAAUCUGGCGUGUUUAUAUGGAGCACAACUCAAAUCUCUUUAUCUUGUUCAAGAACAUUCACAUUUCGGAAGUUUACAAGAUUAUUUUCAUACACUAUCAAAUCAUCAAACAAAUGAUACGACCUUUCAAAAGAUGAAUAUGUUUUUUGCGUAUCAAUUAGCAAAUGCACUUCAGUAUUUAUCACAGUUAAAUCUCAUUCAUGGAGAUGUUGCAACACGAAAUUGUCUGUUCUAUGCUGAUUAUACAAUUAAACUAACAGAUUGUGCAAUGGCUUUACCGCAAUAUCAACAUGAAUAUUGGAUGGGAACGAAUGGACAGUUAAUACCAUUGAGAUGGAUGGCACCAGAAGCAUUGACAAUGAACACAACAACAACAAAAUCAGAUGUAUAUUCAUUUGCAGUUACUUUAUGGGAAAUCUGGUCGCGAUGUUCUUAUUUACCGUAUGUAUCAUUAAGAAAUGAAGAACUUCACCAACGUCUUCUUAUGCGAGAAAAAGAUGCAAAAAAUGACACAUCAUUCAAUUUAUCUGUUCCAGCAGAUUGUCCUAAAGAAAUUUAUGAUUUGUUAUGCGAAUGUUGGCAUAUUGAGGGAACAAAACGACCGAAUAUAUCUGAUAUUGCACAUUAUUUUAAACGGCAGAUCGAUGCAACACGAUCAAAUUCUAGUUCAUCAUAA